AUGAACAAACUCACCAUGUCCGAGGAGAACUUGUGUGUGGAGGAGGCCUUGGCUGAGGACCUAGGUGAAAGACAGUAUGAUGAUGUCACUGAGGAAAUCCCUGAUGAGAUGGAACUGGAACAGGCACGAGAUGAAGAGAGAUCGGUAGAGAUCCCCAUUCCCACAUCCCGUCGGGGUGUGAAGCACAUGACUGAGAACUUUGAAUCCUUUCUGGUAUCGAAUCUAAAACGACGAGCAGUAGAGGUUUCUGAAAGACAUAUGACCGAUGAGGAACUGGAACUCAUGAAACAGGGUCCGAAUCGCGACGUGGCUAUGAGAAUGAGGUGGGUGCUCACUUGGAAGCGGGAUGACAGUGGCAACAGAGCUGCAAAGGCUCGAUGUGUAGUGCUUGGGCAUCAGGAUCCGCACUAUGAACACAGGCAAACAAUGGCUCCAACCAUGUCCCGUACGACGCGACACAUACUUUUGUCACUAGCCGCAGCUUUGAAGAUGCGGGUUGCCAAGGGCGACGUGUCCGGAGCUUUUCUUCAGGGUAGGUCCUAUCAACAUGAUGCAUACGUGAUACCCACUGAUGAGAUCUGUGAUGCCAUGUCAUUGCCCCAUGGUUCCAUAACGAAACUCAAGAAAGUUUGCUAUGGUCUGGCUGAUGCUCCUCUUGAAUGGUUUCUCACGGUGUCGGAAUUUCUCCAGUCGUUGGGAUUUGAACGUUGCGUGUGUGACCCAUGUUGUUUCAAGUAUGUGGACAAGGACAAGGGACUCAUUGGACUCAUUCGUGGACAUGUUGAUGACUUCCUGUUUUGUGGUCCAGCCUCAUGCCCCAUUUGGAGAGCGGCGGAGUCAAUUGCCGCUAUAGACUGCGAAGAUGCUAUGUACGCUGUGAUGCAUUCUGAGGUGUACGUCCCUAAGGGACCGGAACACAGGACAGCACUGGAACUGAUGGGCCUGAAGGAGGCCAUCACGAACACACAGACACCGAUACGGUGGCCAGAAACAGAAAAAGUGAAGGUUUGGAUAUCUUUGGAGGAGGAGCUCCUACAACUGACACUGGAGGACUAG